CUUCUCCGGCUUUCUCCCAUCUCCUCACCCCAAACCAUCGACCUUUUGUCGUGUCAUAUUCAUUCUCCCCCUUUUUCACCUGCCAUUGCUCUCGUGAGAUCCUCGCUUUUCCAUUCUCAGCGAUUCCUCGUAAUCGUUUCUGAGAUUUUCUGUUUUUCUUUUUCUUUCUUCUGAUUGAUUUGGAUUGGUCCUUCCCUGGUAUUGGGAUCCAUUGCGACAGCGAAAGUUCUAAAACACCGCGCGCCGAUCCAUUUGAGAACCUGCUUCUCUCGUCUCAGCUUCUCAUCCUCCGACGCUUCGCGACGAGAUACUUCGUGCUCCAGAUUCUGCGCUUGAGCUCAGAACUCUGGCGACUUUUGCGAUCAAUAAACCUCGAGUCCGGGUCAGAAGGUUUGAGCUGAGCACUGCCUCUUUUUGCUUUUUAAGAAGUCCGUCCCAGUAUCGAUCGCUUCACCUAUCCUCACCACCAUUCAACAUUUGCAUCACAAGACAAUCAUUCCGCCCUUCCUCUCCCGCCUAUAUCUAGGAGAUCUUCCCGGGUAAUUACUCGACGCCCGCUGAAAGAGUUCUGGAACCCGCCCUUGAGCCCGAAUCUCGAAUCCCUCUUCCUUCCAUUCAGCCCGCAACACGCAUCGUCUUUACGCGACAUAAGUCACUUCACGAGUAUUUCACCGAAGCACACCCAGCGAGAGUCACUACACCAGCACGUUUUCCUUCGAAAACCCCUGAGUGUAUAUAAGACGAACAAUAGAAAGAACGAGACGUUUUCAAAUUGUCGAUUGUCAGAAAGAUUAAACUCGCGUGAACAAUAACGAUUCCAAUAUGUCUGCUUCCCCAACACAACCAACCCAGUCGGCCAAACGCCCUUUGGAAGAAGCUUCUUCGCCCUCACGCGCUGGUGAUCAGCCCGACGCCAAACGACCUGCUCUCGACAAGAACAAGCACGACGACGAUGUUGAGGUCCCUGAAGCUCCCACCGAGGUCCCUGCAGAGGACCACGAUGAUAAGGUCAACGGAGCCCAUAAGUCUGAAGAUGAUGACGAUGCCGCUUUGGACCAUGCGUCUGACACUAAGGCCGCCGCUGCCGCCACAGUUGCUGCCUCUGCAUCCAACGCUGUAACGUCUGCUGCUGCUCAUGACGAGACCUCAUGGAUUCACAUUCGCGCUGUUAUCUCGAGCCCGGAGGCAGCUACCGUCAUUGGAAAGGGGGGCGAGAAUGUUUCCAACAUCAGGAAGCUUUCCAACGCUAAGUGCACAGUCAGCGACUACCAAAAGGGGGCCGUUGAACGUAUUCUUACUGUUAGCGGUAUAGUGGACGCUGUAGCUAAGGCUUUUGGCUUGAUCAUCCGAACACUGAACAACGAACCCCUCAACGAAUCCUCAACCGCAUCUUCAAAAACAUAUCCCUUACGGCUACUCAUUCCGCACAUUUUGAUUGGCUCCAUCAUUGGUAAGGGUGGUGCCCGUAUUCGUGAGAUCCAAGAGGCAUCUGGUGCUCGGUUGAACGCUUCUGACUCAUGUUUACCUAUGUCAAGCGAGAGAUCGCUGGUAGUGAUGGGUGUCGCUGAUGCCGUCCAUAUCGCAACUUACUACGUUGGCAGCACCCUUCUCGAACAGCUUAACGAUAGGUUUGGAGGUCCUGCUGCGUCUGCCUACGCAACCCGUAGCGGCGCCCCUGCUGGCUCGAUCCCAGGCGGCAUGCAAGUUGUUCCCUAUUCACCCCAACCUGCCUCGGGCCACUACGGACGAAGUGAAAAUUACGGCCGCCACAACGACCGGCGAUCUCACCAUAUGCCACCCGCGCCUUAUCCUCAGCAAUACCCCCACGCAGCUGCUCAGGCCAACCCUGCCAUGCCUAUGCAUUAUGGCGGUGCUCAGGGGGGAGGUGCCUAUGGCGCAGCUCCUCACGCCCAACCGCACAUGGCCCCUCAUGCUGGUCCUCAACCUCAUGGUGGUGCUCCCCAAGCUCAGCCCAUGGGCGGUGCCAUCCCCGGCGGGCCCAUCACACAGCAGAUUUACAUCCCGAACGAUAUGGUCGGUGCUAUCAUCGGCAAGGGUGGACAAAAGAUCAACGAGAUCCGCCAAAUGAGCAACAGCGUGAUCAAGAUCAACGAGCCGCAGGACAAUAGUAACGAGCGACUGGUGACUAUUACCGGAACGGAGGAAUGUAACCGUAUGGCAUUGUACAUGCUCUACUCUCGACUUGGUGAGGUGCAAAACAGAUCCAGCAAGAAUUAAAUUUCUAACCUUGAAAUCCUAAUACAGAAUCGGAGAAACAUCGUAUCUAACUUUUUGAUACCGGUACGACGACGUUCGAGCGAUCAGCGGAAUAGGACGAACAGAAAGCUAUUUGCAGGGGACAUCGAGAGGCUAAAAGGAGGAUGCAGUGUGUUUUGGAGGUUCAAAAUGAGGGCGAUAUCAGGCCACCGGGUACAGUUCAGAAGUUUGAGAAGACCAUUCCACCCACCUGAGAUGAAGUUUCAAGGGUGGGUAAGAAAAGUCGCAGGAUGAUUGAAUGGUAUAGAAAUGGUGUCAAGGACGGGAUCGCAUUUCAUCGGGACGAAUACGGAAACAAGACGGUGCUUAUUGGCAGGAAGAGAGAGCCUCACAUUGACAAGUGACAGCUUUCAAGGUAUCUGAUUUUCGACGGCGCAUUGACUCAGUGUUAUUUUGUUCUCUACUUAAUCCAAUAACAAUCUGAUAUUAUCUGCAAGCUUUGGGCGUGAAGCUGAGUCUCUCAGAGCUUUUUGAAAGGGACAUGAUACUACAUGAGAUGUUAGUUACUCAGGCUCUCACUAUUAACUUCCUAGAUGGCUCACUAUUUCAAGGCUCUUAUUCCGAGCAAGCAAAUAGUAUACGUUAUCAUCAAUUACUUUGGUGCAA